AAUCAGUUGAACACGCCCUGUGGACACAAUAACCACGGUUCACUGUUCUCUGAUCAGACCUCGUCCCCGGCGGGUCGCCACGACUCCCGCAGCAGCCUCCGCAGCAGAAAGGAAGGAACGCUCCAGAAGAUCGGAGACUUCCUGCAGAGCUCCCCUACGCUGCUCGGCACUAAAGCAAAGAAGAUGAUGAGUCUGGUGAGCGGUCGGGUCGAUGCCGACUCCGCAGCCUCCUCCUCCUCCUCUUCGUCACUCAGUCUGAGAACAAAGAAGAACAAGAGGAAACUGUACAGGCCUGAGAUCUCCUCCCCCAUGGACAUGCCCUCACACCCAAUCAUCAGCCGAGAGCCGGCGGAGAGAGAGAGCGACCAUCAGAUCAUCAGGAGGCGUCUUCGCUCCAGGGUGAUGAAAUAAGGAACGUUCGUCGAGUGGAGAGUCGUCAGUCAGCUGAUUCUUUGAUGAAAUAUUUCUUUAAAGGGCGAGUGUCUGUGUGGAGCAGUUAGCUUAGCAUAAAGACGGGAGGCUAACCUGGUUCAAAUACCUCUGUCAGUCUGAAUUCAGUUCAUCUGAUAAUCAAUAAUCAGCUGACUGAUGAUGACAUCACGUGACGUCACUUUAUAUGAUCAAUAAAAAACAGUCUUUAUAUAUUUAUCUUUAGACAAAACAUGCUGACUUUUACUUUUACGUGCAAUUAACCCUCGAGGUUCUCGUGUAGGUGAGAUUUGUUUUAAUCAGUUACUUUAUAUUUACUUUCAUAUAUUUAACAUUUCUGUUCGUUAAAAGAAGAGUUUUCUUUUUCUGUGAAACCACUGAAGCUUCGUGUUGUGAAGAGAAAUGGUUCAAAUCCCUUAAACUACCGUUCAAAGUCAAACACUCGUUCCCGCUGCACUUUAUCUCUCAAGAACAAAGAGACGUCAUACAGAUCAAAGUCCCUGAGACAUGAAGGAUCCCGGUUCUCUUUCGUACCUUAAAGUUGUUUUGAGGUUAAAACGUUAGUUUCAUGCACUUUUCUCUCUUAAUGUUCAGUUUAUUGUUCAGCAUCAAACCUUUGUUUCAUUCUUUUAAUUAAAAAAUAUAAAACAG